GUCUCGGUUGUCGCCUUCCCAGCCCUCUUCCCCACCAUCCCCCCUCCCCGCUGGCCCCACUUUUCCAGAUUACUCCUCAGUCAUCCUCUCUCACCCCCACUCCGCCUACUUUCUCUCCAGCCUCCAGUGCGUCCCUCACAUCACCACCACCCCCACUCCGCAAUCUCUCGUUUCUGUGAACUCGUCUCUCAACCCUGCAGGCCUGAAAGAAGGUCACAUACAGGCACUCUCGUACUCACACCCUACAUGCCUCGCCCCAAACAAAACCCAUGCACACAGUCCUUUGUUCCAUUUCUUGGGCCACUUUCCCUGGCCCUUCCUCUUUCUCCGUCCUGGUUUGCUCCCCAAGAGUACGUUUCUGUCUCCCGGACGCUCCGGUCUCCUCCCCACCCCCACCCCCACCCCCACCCCACCUCUGAUUUAUUAGAGCUCCCGGUUCGGCGCAGAUUCCUAGUUCUGCUCCAUCCCACCCUCCCCUCCUAUCCUCCCAUCCACAGUGGGAGUGCUUGCGUCUGCUGCUCUUCUGCUCCAGUCUCAGCGCCCUGCCCGGUCCCCUAAACCCUCUUUCGCUCUCCGGGCUCUUCCUCCGGCCCCCGAGUCUCCGGCCUGCCGGCCUCACCUCCCUGCCCUGCCUCGCUUCUCGUCGCCCCUGCUCGCUCCCCCCGCGCUCGCCCGAACGCUGUGCUCGCUCCUUGAACGCCCGCCGCGCAGCCGGGCUCGGCCGCCCGCCCGCCCGCCACUGUGCAGUGGAGUUUGGUGGAAUCUCUGCUGACGUCACGUCACUCCCCACACGGAGACCGAGCUGAGGGAAGAGAGAGGGAUGAGAGCGAGGGAGGGGAGAGAGAGUGCGAGACCGAGCGAGAAAGCUGGAGAGGAGCAGAAAGAAACUGCCAGUGACGGCUAGGUUCCGGCGGCCGCCGCGCACCCGUGGACUCCCUCGGAACUUGGCACCCUCGGGAGCCCCGCAGUCCUCUCGGGCUUGGCUUUCCAGCGCUUGCGGUGCAGCCUGCGCCUCGGAUCGCUGGAAGUCUCCCCGGGAAGCGGUGGGACGCGGAGACAGCAGCUCUCUCCCGGUAGCCGACAACGGGGAAUGGAGACCAACUGCCGCAAACUAGUGUCGGCGUGUGUGCAACUAGGCGUGCAGCCGGCGGCCGUUGAAUGCCUCUUCUCCAAAGACUCCGAAAUCAAAAAGGUCGAGUUCACAGACUCUCCUGAGAGCCGGAAAGAGGCGGCCAGCAGCAAGCUCUUCCCGCGGCAGCAUCCCGGCGCCACUGAAAAAGAUAAGAGCCAGCAGGGAAAGAAUGAGGACGUGGGCCCCGAAGACCCGUCCAAGAAGAAGCGGCAACGGCGCCAGCGCACUCACUUCACCAGCCAGCAGCUGCAGGAACUGGAGGCCACUUUCCAGAGGAACCGCUACCCGGACAUGUCCACGCGCGAAGAGAUCGCCGUGUGGACCAACCUUACGGAAGCCCGAGUCCGGGUUUGGUUCAAGAAUCGCCGGGCCAAAUGGAGAAAGCGGGAGCGCAACCAGCAGGCUGAGCUGUGCAAGAAUGGCUUUGGGCCGCAAUUCAACGGGCUUAUGCAGCCCUAUGACGACAUGUACCCGGGCUAUUCCUACAACAACUGGGCCGCCAAGGGUCUCACGUCAGCCUCCCUGUCCACCAAGAGCUUCCCUUUCUUCAACUCUAUGAACGUCAACCCUCUGUCGUCGCAGAGCAUGUUCUCCCCGCCCAAUUCCAUCUCCUCCAUGAGCAUGUCGUCCAGCAUGGUGCCCUCAGCCGUGACCGGCGUUCCGGGCUCCAGCCUCAACAGCCUGAAUAACUUGAACAACCUGAGCAGCCCGUCGCUGAAUUCCGCGGUGCCGACGCCCGCCUGUCCUUACGCGCCGCCGACUCCUCCGUACGUUUACAGGGACACGUGUAACUCGAGCCUGGCCAGCCUGAGACUGAAAGCGAAGCAGCACUCCAGCUUCGGCUACGCCAGCGUGCAGAACCCGGCGUCCAACCUGAGUGCUUGCCAGUACGCCGUGGACAGGCCAGUGUGAGCCCCGCCCACAGCACCGGGAUCCUAGGACCGUGCCGGAUGGGGCAAUGCUGCCCUUGAAAGACUGGGAAUUACGCGAGAAGGUCGUGGGCACUAAAGAAAAGGAGAGAAAGAAAAGAUAUAAAGAGAAAAGGAAACCACUGAAUUAAAGAGAGCUCCUUUGAUUUCAAAGGAAUUUCCUAAAUGUCUGACAUCUUUCACUAAAAGUAUUUCCAACAGUUGCAAGGACAUACACAAAUGUUUGACUGGAUAUGACAUUUUAACAUUACUAUAAGCUUGUUAUUUUUUAAGUUUAGCAUUGUUAACAUUAAAAUGACUGAAAGGAUGUAUAUAUAUCGAAAUGUCAAAUUAAUUUUAUAAAAAGCAGUUGUUAGUACUCUCACAACAGUGUUUUUAAAGGUUAGGCUUUAAAAUAAAGCAUGUUAUACAGAAGCGAUUAGGAUUUUUCGCUUGUGAGCAAAGGAAUGUAUAUACUAAAUGCCACACUGUAUGUUUCUAACAUAUUAUUAUUAUAAAAAUGUGUGAAUAUCAGUUUUAGAAUAGUUUCUCUGGUGGAUGCAAUGAUGUUUCUGAAACUGCUAUGUACAACCUACCCUGUGUAUAACAUUUCGUACAAUAUUAUUGUUUUACUUUUCAGCAAAUAUGAAAAAAAUGUGUUUUAUUUCAUGGGAGUAAAAUAUACUAUGUACAAAUUG